GUGAACGGUGCACAUCACAUUCUCCUCUGCCCUCCACACACUCCAACCUCCAACCUUUCACUCUACCUGCGUGGAGGAAUCAUUUCUAAACCUGAAGCCCAGGUGAGCUCACCACAGUCAGGGAGCAUGGACUCGCUCGGCCUGCCACAGCCAAUGGCUGCUCAAAACAAUUGUGAGGAAGGCGACAAUAUUAGGAAUGACAGCAAGAGCAAAGAGGUCAAAGCGAGCCUUGCACACUCCACUGUGGCUUUGGUUGAGAAGGAGCCUGAGGAAAUAGACCCGUGGGACCUGCCGGAGCUGAAGGACACAGGGAUCCCAUGGUCAGCUUUGGAUACCAAAGGGAAGGUGUUGAGAGUUUUGGUGUCGGUGGGGAAGUUUAUCCUGCUGCUUGGUUUCCUUUACAUCUUCAUAUGCUCUCUUGAUCUCCUCAGUUCAGCUUUCCAGCUUGUUGGAGGUAAAACUGCGGGGGACAUCUUUCAGGACAACACGGUUCUGUCCAAUCCUCUGGCUGGUCUGGUCAUCGGUAUCCUGGUCACCCUGCUGGUCCAGAGCUCAUCCACUUCCUCCUCCAUAGUGGUCAGCAUGGUCUCCUCUGGAUUGUUAUCCGUCCAGCUGGCCGUUCCUAUCAUCAUGGGCACCAACAUCGGCACCUCUGUGACCAACACACUCGUCGCCAUGACGCAGGCUGGUGACCGCAGCACCUUUCGCAGGGCCUUUGCAGGGGCCACAGUUCACGACUUUUUCAACUGGCUCUCCGUGCUGGUUCUGCUUCCCCUGGAGGUCGCCAGCGGAUAUUUGUAUGAGGUCACAAAGCUCAUCAUCGACUCCUUCCAAAUUCAGAGUGGAGAGGCCCCGGACCUUUUAAAUGUGAUCACUGAUAUCCUCACUGAGUCAAUUAUAGAGUUGGACCAGUCUGUCAUCAGUGGGAUUGCCACCGGAGACCCAGCAGCCAGGAAUAAGAGUCUCAUCAAGAAAUGGUGCCAAACCUUCACCAAUACAUCCUUAAUGAACGUCACGGUUCCUGGUCCAGAGAACUGCACGUCUCCGUCCCUGUGCUGGGUUGAUGGCAACUACACCUUUACACUGAAAAACAUUUCUGAAACGUACAACCUCCAAAAAUGUAAGCAUAUCUUUGUUAAUGUGAAUCUGCCGGACCUGGCGGUGGGUCUGAUCCUGCUCAUUCUCUCUCUGCUGGUGCUCUGCUCCUGCCUGAUACUCAUCGUUAAGCUGCUCAACUCCAUGCUGAAGGGACAGGUGGCCUCAGUCAUCAAGACGAUCCUCAACACCGAUUUUCCCUUUCCAUUCGCCUGGGUCACCGGUUACAUUGCCAUUUUUGUCGGCGCUGGAAUGACAUUCAUUGUGCAGAGCAGCUCUGUUUUCACUUCUGCUAUCACUCCACUUGUAGGUAUUGGCGUCAUCAGCAUAGAGAGAGCAUACCCAUUGUCUCUGGGUUCAAAUAUUGGUACAACCACCACAGCCAUCCUGGCAGCUAUGGCUAGUCCUGGAGACACACUGGCUAAUGCUCUACAGAUUGCUCUCGUACACUUCCUGUUCAACAUCUCUGGCAUCCUUCUGUGGUAUCCAAUCCCCUUCACCCGAAUCCCUAUCCGGUUGGCAAAAAGCCUGGGAAACAUCACAGCCUCCUACCGCUGGUUUGCUGCCGUCUACAUCAUCAGCUUCUUCUUCAUUUUACCGCUUUUCAUCUUCAGCCUGUCUCUGGCCGGCUGGAAGGUACUGGUGGGCGUGGGUGUUCCUCUAGUAGUCAUGCUGAUCCUCAUCAUAGUGAUUAACGUGCUGCAAAAAAGGAAACCUCGGUGCCUGCCUUCAGUACUGCGAUCCUGGGACUUCCUCCCUCUAUGGGCCCACUCCCUUGAGCCCUGGGACAAAGUGGUUGGUGUGUGUACCGCAAAAUGCUGUUGCUGCUGCAAAUGCUGCCAGCUUGCUGUUGAAGGGGAAAAACACAGUGAGAAAGAGUCUGUGGAAAAUAACAGCAAAUCACACAUAGCAGUGUAUGAUAAUCCUGCAAUGAGUGCAGAGAAGGAGGUGGAAAAUGAGCUUAAAAUUCUGAAAAUGUCCAGGCUUUGAGAUUUAAAAUAUAUAUUUGUGACUAUGUGUAUAUAAUGCAAAGAGGUGCAUUAGGAAUGGCACAAAAACCAAACACAUUCAGGCUAAUCUACUUAAAAUAUAUGUUAUUUUGUCAUAAUUAAAUGGUUUAAUAAGAAAUAUUAACUUGUAAGCGUAUCAAGAGCCAUACAAUAAAAGGGAAAAUGUCUUAAUGUUAUGAUUAAGGUCUGUGAACAAUAACAUCACCAGACUUAUUCUACAUCAUUUGGUUUUCUAACUUUAUUCUAAUACGCAGAAUAAUCUGCUGCUUAGACAGCUAUAAUAGGUGAGUCACAAUUUUACAUUUUUGAAAUAGUUAUUUCAUUUGAUGAGAUCGUGAGAUUACUAAAUGAAUUCAAUAUAAAUUAGGUUACCGGUAUUUAAUGCUAAAUCAAUAACUGGAGUUCAUAACAAACUGUUGUUUAAAAAAGCAAAACAAUGCAAAGGUGUUUUUAAAUUUUAUAUUAGUCAAAUGUGAACAUUCUGAGGAUGCCAUGGCCCUUCUGCACUACUAUACAGGAAAUACAGUAUCUCAGAAUAACAGCUGCACAAAAUCACAGGUUUUUUACUGUGUACAAGAGACAUUGAGAUCCUUAUCACAUCGUUUUAAGGUGUAAAAUAAUUAUUUUGUAAUUGAGACAGAUAAUCGUAUUCAAGGAAUAUGAAAUUUGAAAUUAGAUGACUGUGCAUCUGACUAAAUGUUUGUAACUCUUAAUACUUAAUCAUGAGUUUGUUAUUGUGUUGCCAUAGUAUCUAUAUGAACAUUUAAAAACAAAAUGUUAAUAAAUGAUACCUAAUUGAAAGUGUUUUCCACUCACCUGGCAGAAACCACUAGACUCAUCAUUUUGAAUGUUCCGUCAUUAGCUAAACCUAAUGUGUAUCUGAGCCUGGGUGUUGCUUUUCUGAGUAACAAUUAUGAUAAAGGGGAGAUAAUCAGCAUUCUCCUUAUCUCAAGUACCAUAAACAUUAUCACUAUUAAUAUUUUACAACCUUUCUAAUUGCUGUCUUUCAAAUACAGUUCCAAUUCUCCUGUUUAUGACUGUUUUUCCAGGAAUCUGUUGUGCUGAUGUGUCACUGUCACAUGUCAGUUAACCAAUUGCCAACAACAUGACAUUGAUAAUCAAUAUAUCAAUAUUGACGACAGCUGUGCU